AAGUCAGGAAGCUGCCUGCUGGUGACAGCCGUGUCAAAGAAGAAAAGCACCGUUAGAAAAAAAAAAAAACACAGGCCGGACUUGAGCUUGAACUGUUGUCCUUUUCGGUUAGAAUUAGACCCAAAACCCGCCGCCGACAUGUCGAAGAACACCACGGCGGCCCGCUUCAGGCGAGUGGACGUGGACGAAUACGACGAGAACAAAUUUGUGGACGAGGAGGACGGAGGAGAAAACCAGCUGGGUCCCGACGAGGCAGAGGUGGACUCCCUCAUCAGACAAGGAAAUCUCACAGAGGCUUUACAUGCAGUCCUCAAGAACCCACCUAUCAACACAAAGAACCAGAACGUCAAGGAUCGUGCCGAGGGUUUGGUGCUGAAGGUGCUCAGCGCCUUCAAGAGCAGCGACAUUGAGAAAGCGGUGCAGUCCCUUGACAAGAACGGUGUGGACCUGCUGAUGAAAUAUAUCUACAAAGGCUUCGAGAGGCCGUCAGAAAACAGCAGUGCGGUCCUACUGCAGUGGCAUGAAAAGGCUCUGGCAGCCGGAGGAGUGGGCAGCAUUGUCAGGGUACUAACAGCGAGGAAGACGGUCUAAAAGAGGCUCCGUUCACUCCACAUCACUGACGCAUACUGUUUAUGUAAUCUAACAGAUGGCAUCGAGACUAAAAGGAAAGAGUUUUUUAACCCAAUGUGAUCCUGAUCCUACUACAAAACAAACUAAAUCAAAUCUGGGUCGGAUUGGGUUAAAAAAGUGUUUUUCUUCUUUCUCCUCAUGCAUGAUCUCAAUCGGCUAAAACACGUUCCUCACAGGGUGCUACAGAUAACUUCACACCCCUGGUAUUACAGUCCAUGUCAUUUCAAUACAGCUUGUGCUCAUUCUACACACCAGUGGUUCCCAGUGUAGGAGAUGCAUCUUGGAAAAACACAGAAAACAUAUUCAUGCUACAAAAAAACCUCUCUAAAUAAUCUUUUCUUGUGAUUUACUGGAUCAUCUUGGGCUGGGAGCCACUGCUGUAUCCACACACUGUCCUCCACAGACUUCCACACGGAGGGUUUCAGCUUUGCUUCUCUCAGGAAAACUCUCAUCACUAUUUGUUUUCCCAUCAUUCUCUCGUGUCAUCUCCUCCGCAGAGACUUCCUGAUGGAAUAAAAGCCUGAUUCUCAGUAAAUCCUCUCAUUGCCUCUCCCUUUAACGCUUUAGCAGCGGGAGUCUCCUGAAAAGCACAGUCACAGAUGGAGGGUGGUGGAUUUGCUCACGGGGGUCGUCAUUUCCUCUGUGGAGUGGAGGAGGGAGGAGGAUGGGGGGGGUUGGUGUCAUCCAGCCAUCCUCUCAUGCUGCCCCAGUUAAGGAUUAUUACCCACGAUGCAUCUCCACCACCACCACCACUUCUAUUAAUCCCAUUUUACAGCUCCUCACAUCCUGUGUGGCUGAUUUUCAUGCACCCUCUGUGGCUCUGCUGGUACUAUUUACAGGAGCUGCAUUUUGUUCUGUACUUUCAGGAAAAUGACAAAGAGAAUCCUUUCUCAGACUGUUUUAUUUUGGUAUUUAACAGAAAAAAAAUCUAGGAUUUAACAUUUUGUUUCAACAUAAUUCUAUUCGCUUCAAGGCCAAAUCACUACUUGAUCAGAAUUAAAAAACACUGCUUAAAAAGGUUUGACUAUCAGUGUGCAGGAGAGACUAAGAUAAUAAUUAUUGUUUCUCUCUCUAAAAAAAAGUUUUUGUGAUUUAAAAAGAAAAAAAUAUAUAUAUAUUGUUUGCAUGAUCCCAGUUUUUUCUCAAGCAUUUCAUACCUGUCUUUUGUACGUGUUGUGUCUUCUGGAAAAACAAGUGAUUUUUGUAUUGAAUCUGGGUUUAAAUAUACAAAAACAAAUCCUCCAUUCAUGGUGUCAUCUGGCAGUAGAAGGCCACAGUGUUAUUACCACAUAUGCGGUUAAACAUUUUAUGAAAAAUAAGGAGGAAAACUGGAAGUGUAAAAGUUUAAUCUGCCUUACAGGGUAGAUUACGUCUGUUGCCAAAUGAUUUAUUUUUGAUUUCAUGGAAAUAUUGUAGCAUACAUUGAUGAGUUAUUUGCCCUUGUGUAUUAGAGAAGAAUUUUUAAGACAAAGUGGUGAAGUUAUAACUAUAAACAGUAUAUGAACAGAAAAAAAGUUCUGUAGUGAUCUCCAGCACAAUGUUUUUUUUCUGCUUAUUAACAGUCAAACACUUGAGUGAAAUGUCUCAAUGGAUGUUAUUUUUUCUAAAACACAAAAGUCACAGUUGUGUUUUACUCACGAGUUCUCACCAGUUGAUAUUUAGACAUGGCUUUUCAUGUUUGAAUACUGUCAUCAGUGAUGAUGCAUCCAGACAUUAGAUUCCUUUUUCUAAUGCAGUAAAGUCUAGUUUUACAUGGAAAUUAAAAGAACAGCCUGAUUUCUUCUUCAUGUAUUUCUAGUCGGAGAUGCUCUUCUCAGCCGACGGCGAGAAGACGAGGGAACUUACCAAACUGAUGUACAAACUGCCUUACUCGAUAUUCCUUUUUUAUGUUUGUGCUUUUU